GGCCGUUGGAUAUUACAACUACUCGAGUACUUAUUGACCAGGCGCUCCGAUCAAAUCAGCUUUGAAAUUUCCAGCCAAUCUUGGAGAAAAGGUCGGGGAACUGCAUCGACAUCUCAUUCGCCUUCCAAGAAUUUCGAAAGCUCCCCCGCUCCCCACACCUAGAGACCAGCAAACCUCAAAGGCAUACUCGUACUCACUCAUAUAAACACGCUGCACAUCUUACAGAAGCUUGUGAUUCUUCUGAUUUGCGCUCUACAGCUUCUCUUCCUCUCGGUUGGGAUUUAGAUCAAAUAAUUCCAAAUCAUUUCGAUAACAAAUCAACCGAAGACAACAGCUGUAACUAUCCUCAGUGGCUCUACACUGUACCAGAAGUGGACAACUUUGCCCACCACAGCUCGUAUCGAUACCUGCAACCAUAGGAGACAUGGACCCCUACGACUUCUCCUCUUACACACGAAACCAUGUAUACGAAGCCACACAGUCGAAAUCGCCAGGUUCGGAUGGAGCGAGUCCUGCAGAACGUUCAGAGAGAUCCUCUUCAUCCAGAUUUAGCUUCGGGCCCCUUAAGAUUGGGUCACCGUGGAAUAAGGAUGGAGAGAAACCAAAACGCCGUGGGCCAAAACCAGACUCAAAGCCCGCUUUGACAAGGCGUCAAGAAUUGAACAGGCAGGCGCAGAGGACACACCGCGAGCGAAAGGAACGGUAUAUCAAAACAAUCGAAGAGGAGGUUGCUCGUCUACGAGAAGCAUUCACAGUGAUCACCAGAGAGAAGACCGCUAUGGCGGAGGAGAAUAGACGACUGAGAGCUAUUCUUGAUGCUCAUGGAAUUCCCUACGAUUUUCAGGACGUCUCCCCAAACGUUGGACAGCGGCCGCGGCACGAUGAGUACCAACAGGCACCAGAGAUGGAGAGAUUUGGGUCAACUUACGAUGGGAUUGGGAUCGAUUUUGUCCUGGCUCUGGAGAAGCCGUGCAUGGACCACAUCCAAAUAUUGACUGCCAAUUCCAUGACGAGCCCUGCUUCGGAUUUCCACGGACAUGCACUGAUGGCUUCCUGUCCUUCUGAAAGCAACACUUCACGCCACGCCGAGGUACCGCGGGGCAGUAAGACUUUUGAUGUGGGGCCUAGUGAAUUAGCAAUUUUGUUUAAUUUGUCCAAUCGACUAGAGUUGGAUGGAGAGUUGACGCCAAUCGCUGUAUGGGCUCAUGUCACGAGACACGAAAGGUUCGCCGAUCUCGAAAUGGCGGACUUCAAGGCGCUCGAGAAGACCCUCUUGGAUAAGGUCAAGUGUCAUGGAUUCGGAGCGGUGGUCGAGGAGUAUGAGGUCGUUGAUGCCUUGUCUGAGAUUAUUGCGAAGAGGUUUGGUGGUGGGGGGGAUGUUGGAGGUGGUAGCUAAGCUGAGUAUUCUUUUGGGAAAGGACUCUCUACGAGUACCGUGUUUUAUGAGCAUGCUUUUCUUUUUCUUUUCCUUUUCUCUCUCUUUGCUUUUUACCCUAUCACGACGAUGUUAGCUUUCCCCCACCAGAUCGCGCUGCCCGCCUGUUUGUCGUCUGUCGUUUGUCCCCUUCCUUGCCGUUCGUUUAUCAGCGUAUGAUUCACUGUCUACCCAGCGAGCACAGUACAAGUAUGGCACUGUCAUCCCUUCAUGUCCUCUCCGUGUCUUUUUUAACCAUACGCAAAAAA